AUUCCGUACUGGUCGUUGGUUGUAGUACGCAUGCGCUUCUUCCCCUCCCGUUGAAGGAGUAUUAUUGUUUAUCUUGUUGGUGUCUGAAGACCGUAACGCCGUGGGUUCCUUGCCUUUUCAAUAUGCUGUUGUGAUUAUAUGAUGCGAUCAGCCGCCACAGAAAGGUCUUUGGUAAAAAAGAGAAAUAAGAAGAACGUGAAAUAGUAAAGUGAGAUAAGCAGUGAUGGCCAACGAGCGUCUCCGCGCCCUGGAGGAGGUGGAGAAGGAGGUCGGGGUGGUCCUGCAGUGCGCAGGUAACGUCCUGCUGGAGCUCUCCAAAGACAAGCACAACGCCAGCUUCCUGGACCGACAGCUCGCCCAGUUCCUGAGCUCAGUUAACCGCAUCGAGAGCGAGCUGAGCGGCCAGAUCCGCUACCUCACACAGGUGGCGACGGGCCAGCCUCACGAGGGCUCCACCUACUCGGCCCGGAAGGACUGCCAGAUGGCGCUGAACCGGGCGGAGUACGCCAAGGUGAAGCUAGGCGAGCUGGGGCGGACCUGCGAGCUGAUCCUGGACCAGCCGCUGUAGGCCCGCCCCCAGGACGUCCUACGAGCUGAUCCUGGACCAGCCGCUGUAGGUCCGCCCCCAGGACCUCCUGGCAGCUGAUCCUGGACCAGCCGCUGUAGGUCCGCCCCCAGGACCUCCUGGCAGCUGAUCCUGGACCAGCCGCUGUAGGCCAGCCCCCAGGGCGUCCUACGAGCUGAUCCUGGACCAGCCGCUGUAGGCCCGCCCCCAGGACGUCCUACGAGCUGAUCCUGGACCAGCCGCUGUAGGUCCGCCCCCAUGACGUCCUACAAGCUGAUCCUGGACCAGCCGCUGUAGGUCCGCCCCCAGGACCUCCUGGCAGCUGAUCCUGGACCAGCCGCUGUAGGCCAGCCCCCAGGACGUCCGACGAGCUGAUCCUGGACCAGCCGCUGUAGGCCCGCCCCCAGGACGUCCUACGAGCUGAUCCUGGACCAGCCGCUGUAGGCCCGCCCCCAGGACGUCCUACAAGCUGAUCCUGGACCAGCCGCUGUAGGCCCGCCCCCAGGACGUCCUACGAGCUGAUCCUGGACCAGCCGCUGUAGGCCCGCCCCCAGGACCUCCUACGAGCUGAAGACAUCAUGUCCCCUUGUUGCUUUUAUCUUAUUGCUUACAUUUGUUCGUUUUGCAUUUUACGUCAUAAUUUUGUAUGAACUGUCAGAAUGUUUACGGGUUACAAUGGAAAGCAGACAAACCGCCUUUAAUUAAAAGAUCAAGCAUCACACAUUGA